AUGCCACCACCAUGGCGAAUGGGGGUCACCUUUCAGCCAUUGGGGCCAUCAUCAUGGUUUCAAGCGCAACGCGAUGAUGAAGUGAAAGAAUUUGAAAACAAAAUGGAAGAGGAGAAAACUCAGCUGAAAGCAAAAGUGGCGGAACUUGCAUCCAAUCUAACAGAUAGCUUAGAAAAGUUUUGGGUUAUCGCGGAUAACCUAGAGCAGACCCCAAUAGACGAGCGUCAUGCUCUCGAAAAACUUGGCAUUGAGAAUCCGCCACUCUACCGUGUUAUCAGUUUUAUGAUUGAUCAGUUUGUGCCAUUCCCAAGGAGGUCCUAUAAACCAUAUGGGCCAGGAGGACAUGAACAUGAACAUGGGAACAUGGUGGAUGGACCACAUUUUCCUCGAUUCAUGCAUAGGCACCACAAA